GGAUUUUUCGCGAGAUCCAAACCGCGCGCGGAAACUGCGUUGAGACGCUGACAGCCACAGCGUAGUCGGACGGGUUUUCCGGAAAAGCGGCGCGGAAAAUUAUUUCUUUUGGUUCGAAAUUUCAAAAAUCAACGAUGAGGUGCUUGUUUUUAGUUGUUGGAUUGCUACUCACCUGUCAACACUCUCUAGCUAAAGAUGGGAAUACGAAGCCAAAUGUUAUUGUUAUCGUGGCUGAUGAUAUGGGCUUCAACGACGUAGGUUUCCAUGGCAGUAAUGAGAUUCCCACACCUAACAUUGACGCUCUAGCAUACAAUGGGGUCAUUUUGAAUAGCCACUACACCCAGGCUCUGUGCACUCCAUCAAGGUCCGCCUUUCUCACUGGAAAGUACCCCAUCCAUCUAGGUAUGCAGCAUUUGGUAAUUUUGGAACCAGAACCAUGGGGAUUACCGCUCAAUGAGACAUUGCUUCCUCAACAUCUGAAAAACAAUGGCUACAAAACGCAUGCUAUAGGCAAAUGGCACUUAGGAUUCUUCAGGAAGGAGUACACUCCAACGUUUCGAGGCUUUGACACACAUUACGGAUACUGGCAGGGUUUGCAGGAUUACUACAAACAUGACACUCAUGCCACAUUCACAAAUGAAGUAGGUUACGACAUGCGCCGAAAUAUGGAGGUGGAUUGGUCUGCUAAAGGUAACUACUCCACCACUCUGUUCACCCAGGAGGCAGUGAAACUGAUCAAAGAACAUGAUACUUCUAGCCCAAUGUUCAUGUAUUUGGCUCAUCUGGCACCGCACUCAGGGAAUGAUGAUGACCCUCUCCAGGCUCCUGAUGAAGAGAUCGCCAAGUUCGCUUAUAUCAAAGAUCCAGAAAGAAGGAUAUAUGCCGCAAUGAUUUCUAUGUUGGACCAAAGUGUGGGAACAGUCAUCGCAGCUCUGAGAGAAAAAGGAAUGCUUGAGAACUCCAUAAUUCUAUUCAUGUCAGACAACGGAGCUAAGCCUGAAGGCAUUCAUGCUAACCAUGGAUCUAACUAUCCAUUACGAGGCACAAAAAAUUCUGCAUGGGAGGGUGGAAACCGAAACAUAGCGGCAAUAUGGAGUCCUCUGAUUAAAAAGCCACAACGGGUUACAAACCAUCUAAUGCAUAUUUCAGAUUGGUUGCCUACGUUCUAUUCAGCUAUAGGCUUAAGCCAUAGCGAGUUAGGUUUGAUCGACGGCAUUGACAUGUGGUCCUCAAUCUCAACGGACACUCCUAGUCCAAGGACUGAAAUGCUUUAUAACAUUGAUGAUGUCCAGAAGUAUGGUGCUGUAAGAAAGGAUAACUGGAAAUAUACCUAUGGAUCUACCACUAGUGGAAAAGGAGAUGUUUGGUUUGGUCCUACUGGCAAACAUGGAUAUGUCUACGACUUGGACGAAAUAUUGAAAUCAAAAGUUGCAACGACAUUGGCUGCCGCAGUAACAUUCCAGCAAAUUGAAGAGAAGAAAGGAAACAAAAAUAUAAGCGUUGAGCUACUGACCAGCAAGAAAAUUCAAGAACUCCGUGAUGAAGCUACGGUCAAAUGCAGACCUCCUUUGGAUCCGUCUACAAUCCCGGAAGAACGCAAAUGUGACCUUUUGGAAGGUCCUUGCUUAUUUGAUAUCGAAAAAGAUCCCUGUGAAAUGGUCAAUUUAGCCGAAGAUCUGCCUGUCAUUGCUUCAGAUUUGAAAAAUAUGAUUGAAAGAUAUAGGCGUUCAGCACUACCGCCUAGAAACGUACCAAGAGAUCCAAUGGCCGAUCCAAAAUUAUGGAACAACACGUGGACGAACUGGAGAGAUGAAGAAGAAAUUAGUAAGAGGAGAAUGAUUGUCAACGACAUGUCGCCUUUGGCUGUUGGAAUAAUUGUAGCUGCAAUCAUUGCGGUACUCUUAUUGGUAGCAUUCCUGCUGACUCUGCAUUGCAGAAAGCUGCGUCGCAAGAUACCAGAUCCGACAACCUUGGUAGAAGAAAGUUACCAAGAUCCUCCUAAUGACACUAUUAGAAAGAACAAUGAUCAUCUUUUUGAAGACAGAGAACUUCAGGUGCGAGCAUGCUUCAAAGAUGAACUCAGGACUAUGGAAUAAGUUUUCUUUUUGAAAAAAUUGGUAGCUGUUAUGAAGAGUAGUAAAUUUGUGAAAGAAAGAAGAGUGCUUUGAUUGAAACCAUAUUGAAUCAGAGUUGGUAGUACAUUUUUGAUAUGUCGUGAUUAUUGCGCAAUGAUGAAAUUUGAAAUUAUAUUCUGAAUCCCUGGAACCAAAACAUUUAAUGGUUUCCGCCUAAGAAAUUAAUGGACUUAAUGUAAAACAUCAUGUUUGAAAAAUAAUAUACAAAUAUUAUGGUAGAUUUUUGCCUACACCCAACACCAGCGUAUGAUAUUAACAGCGAUUCAGCUUAAAUUGUAUUGAAACGAUAGAAAACUUACAACUUGCAAGUACUUAUAUCUGUAUUUAAAAUUUUAGACUGUGAUAAGUAGUUGAUAAGGAGGAAAUGAUAAAGUAUCGAACUGUUAGGAUCUAGUUGUCAAGUAGCUAAAGCGAUCAUUUCGGUUAGUGGCUAGCGUUAUCAAACUAUUCAUUUUAUGAAUAUGAGACAAAGAAUCAUUAGGUUGAUCUUUUGAACAAUUUUCGGAAAAAUCAUUCGUUUUGGAGAAAAUUGUUAAAAAAAUUAUCCAAGGAAUUAUCUUGAAUUUUUUAUUAUGUUUUGGAAACACUAUUCUGUAUUUUUUAUCGCACGAAAAUAUUUUCAUGAAACAGUAUUGUUAUCAAAAACUUUUACACUCUGUUGAUGUACAAUGAGACAUCUAAGAGUGCGUGAUCUCUUGGUAUUACCGCGACUGUAAUUGGUCUAUCUAUAAGAACUUUUGUAUGGCUGUAUGAAAAAAUAAAGUGUUAUAAUUAUCGAA